AUGCCAUGAUUACAUGAAGUAGCACUCAAGUGGACUAUUGGUAUGAUUUUGUGCAUACAUUUGUUGCACAAUAUAUCUGGUCUCAUUUUUCCUAACCACCAAACCAACAAUACCUCCAUGAAGUUGUAAAAAAUCCCAACUUCUCUUGUUCAAAUUAUUCAAUUAGCAAAAAAUUUGAUUACUUGCAUAAUCUUCUUUUCUCAUGCAUGCUUAGUAGGUUAAAUUGCUGUACUGGUCAUUACUUUUAGACAUAGUUCCUCCCUGAGUUCUGUCUCCUCCAUUUUCACUAAGCCAUUUUCUCACUAUCCAUUUUAAGUAAACACCCCUUUUUUUUAAGGUUAACCAUAAUAAUUAUACAAUAUUAUCUCCUUCAUAGUUGAUCUUCCCUCUAUACUACAAUAUGACCCUUUAUUCCAUGCAUUCUUGGACCAAGGUUACAUUAUUCUUAUUAGCUUUACUAUCCAUUUUUGCUAGAUCUGUAUCUUCGACCUCAAGAAGGGCGCUUGUUCAAGGGAAACCUAGUGAAAUAGGGUUUCGGGUUACCCUUAAACACGUCGAUCAUGGUAUGAAUUAUACCAAAUUGGAACGUAUUCAACGAGGUAUCAAUCGGUCAAAGUCUAGAGUACAAAGGUUAAAUGCAAUGGUAUUGGCUUCAAAUUUGGGCACGUAUGAUGUUGAAUCCAAAAUUCAUCCAGGUAACGGUGAGUUCUUAAUGAAUAUAGCUAUCGGAACUCCCCCUAAAUUGUAUUCAGCAAUAAUGGAUACGGGUAGUGAUUUAGUUUGGACCCAAUGUAAGCCUUGCGAGGAGUGUUUUGAUCAAUCCACACCCAUAUUUGAUCCUUCUCAAUCAUCCACUUUUUCUAAAAUAUCUUGUUCUAGUGACCUUUGUCAAGCUCUACCUACAUCUACAUGCCAAGACAAUGGGUGUCAAUAUUUGUACACUUAUGGGGACUACUCCUCAACCCAAGGGAUCCUAGCCACUGAGACGUUUACAUUCGGGUCGGACUCGGACAAAGUCUCGGUCCCAACCAUUGGGUUCGGUUGUGGUGAGGACAAUGAGGGCAAUGGAUUUGACCAAGGCGCGGGCUUAAUUGGGUUGGGUCGAGGCCCGUUAUCCUUAGUAUCACAAUUAAAUGAGCCUAAAUUCUCAUAUUGCUUAACCUCAAUUGAUGGGUCCAAAACUAGCACACUAUUGAUGGGAUCCCUAGCUAAUACCAACUCUACAUUAUCAACUACAAACUCUAAAUCAUCAAAAGUAGUAACCACCUCACUACUCAAAAACCCAUCACAAUCCUCAUUCUAUUACCUAAACCUUGAAGGAAUUAGUGUAGGAAAAACUCAUUUACCAAUUAACAAAGACAUUUUUUCCCUUAAUGAUGAUGGUACUGGUGGGAUUAUUAUUGACUCAGGAACUACAAUUACAUACUUAGAGAAAAGUGCAUUUGAGCAAGUGAAGAAAGCAUUUACAUCACAAAUGAACCUUCCAUUGGAUGAUUCGGGCUCGGCCGGGCUUGAUCUAUGCUUCAAAAUGCCUAAAGGUACAACAAGUUUAGAGGUCCCAAAAUUUGUUUUCCAUUUUAAGGAGGCAGAUUUGGACUUACCUAGUGAAAAUUACAUGAUUGGAGAUACAAACAUGGGAAUUUUAUGUUUAGCAAUGGGGAAAUCAAGUGGAAUGUCAAUUUUUGGUAAUGUUCAACAACAAAAUAUGAUGGUGGUUCAUGAUCUUGCAAAAGAGACCAUUUCUUUCAUUCCUACUCAAUGUGAUGCAUUAUGAUUAUCAAUCAUCAAUCAUCAUGCAUGAUCAUGCACCUUGUAAUAAUAACUUUAGCUCAUCUCGUUGUUGUUCGUUCAUUUUUUUUUUCCUUCUUUUUGUAGUGUACAUGAAAAAAUGUGUUUCAUCAAAUUGCUACCUUGUUUUAGAGUUAUUAUUGUUUCCAUAUAUGUCAAUUAGUCUUUCCUCUCUUCACUUAUUAAUGAAUUUAUCUCUUUAAGUUACUCGUUACAUAUACAUACUUGUAAUUAUA